AUGGCUGGAUUGUGGCUGCAGCUCGGCUCCCUGCGGCAGGGUCAAGCGCUGACUCUCCUCCACUACCUCGUCUGUCUUCUCUACCCACCUUCAGUUGCUCUUUCCAACAUCAGCAAAUCCCCUCUGCAGGUAAGACAUCCACAUGAUGAUGAUGAUGAUGAUGAUUAAAAAGACAGGAGUAACAGUCUAAGAUAGCUAUGUGCAUGUCAUGUUUGCAAAAUUUUCAGAGUUGAAUUAUCAUUUAUGAACUUUAAAGAAAAUGUUCAACUUUCUAACAGUUGUCCUACAUCUAAAGACAACAUUAAAACAUAACCUUUGACCCCCAGAUAAACUUAAGAGAGCUGGUGAAUAACAGCACAACCAGCCUUUGAAUACAGUUGGAUAAAAUGGCCAAAUUCCUCACAAAACAUCCAGUUUUUUUACAGAUUUUAAAAAGGCAGGAAAAGUGAGGUCGAGUAGCGAGAGGGCUUAAUUCAAUACAUAAUAUACAAGAAACAGAAAGGGUAAACUCCAAAAUAAAGAUCUGCAUUGAGAGUAGAAAAAUAGAGUGGAAAAGUUCCCCAACUCAAACCAACUGUUGGACUGGACUGAGGGAGCUGUGGGAUUUCAAGCAAGAACAGGGGAGAGAGUUAGAGAGUAUGAUGUAUGAGUGAAAACAAGGAGAAAAGAGCUCGAAUGUGAAACAGCGGAAUCGAGGAUUAUACUGUUCAAACACACGCCUGUGAUGGUGGCACUUAAAGUGUGCAGAUUGUGCAGGUCGAUGUGCACGUCUGAGCACAUGCAGUGUUUGUACCUCUGGUUUUGUGCGCCUAUAAUUGUGUGACUGUGUGUGUUGGCAGGAGUUUGAGGUGGUUAAGGGGAAUUUCUCUCGCAUUUUCCUUCGUGUUGGCUACCAUAAGAUUGCAGAGAUUCCUGCCGGAGCACGCAACAUCAGCAUACAAGAGACGAUAAAGAGCAGAAACUACCUGGGUACACACAAACUUGUAGAUACAUACGGAUUUAGAGUUUAUUUUACAGGAAGCACAACAGUAACGGAUGGGUAUUUGGUUUUCCCUCAGCUCUGCGGACACAAACCGGCGUCUCCAUCAUCAAUGGAAACUGGGUGAUUGACAGGCCGGGGAUCUUCUUUGCUUUAGGAACACAGCUGAUUUACCAAAGACCAAAUGAAAUCCGCUCUCGUACUGGAGAGUCGAUCACAGCACCUGGACCGCUCACUGAAGACCUACAUGUUUUUGUAAGAUCCUUUUUCUGUCUCUCAUUCAGAUGCACCAAACAAAGCUCCUUGUACUGUCAUCAUGUACAAAAUACUCCUCAACUCUCUCUUUAUGUCUUUCCCUCAGCUGAUCUACCAACAACCAAGUCCAAGUGUAUACUAUGAAUACACUGUGCCUAUACAAAACACACACCCAACUCCUGAGCCAGUCACACCUACUGAUAUUCUACCCUUGGGUAAGUGAACACACACUCUCGUGCACGAAUGCACAAAUACACAUUUAAUGGAGUGACCCUAAAUGACCACAGUGCCAUUUUCUCCGACUUGAUAUUCUGCUUUGCCAUCAGAGAGCAUAACACAUAACAGAUGCUUUGUUUGUGUCUGUGUGUGCAGCACAGAGUCUUGUGUGUGUGCAUAUAUGUGUGUGUGUGUGUGUGCAUAUGUGUGUGUGUGUGUGUGUUUCGUUCAGAUUUCCCUCCAGUUUCUUGAUAAUGCCAAAUUUGAUUAUUUUCAUCAAAAAGUUCCUUUAUAAAUUGGAUUAGGAUGUUGAUGACAUUUGAUACAGUAAGACAGCCAAACUUUGUUCUGGCAGAAAUCUCUUGACCUCACACUUAGACAAUAGGAUAACCGGUCACUUGGGCAGAUUUGAUUUCAUUACUUAAUGUUUAGUCUUUAUUUAAGAGAUUAAAGACACGACUCAAAUUUCUGCUGACACUGAAAAUCAAUUUCUUCAGUUCUAAGAUAUCUCCUGGACCUUCUCAGUGUUCCUGACUGCCCCAAAGAUCCCACAGACAUACAUACUUAUGGUUGCUCACUGGGGUAGAGGUUCGAUGAAGAGCUGUGAUCCAUGUCAAAAUAUCAGAAUCCAAAAAUAAUGAUCAUUUUUAGUGUUCUAAUGAGAUAAGAUUUAGUCAUAUUAUGGGUUAAUACAAUAAAUCCAAUAACUCAUAAGCAUCUGUAAUGUUCACAGGAAUAUGAUGUAGCCAUGGCAAAAUAGCGCCAUCUGUUGGUAACACUGCAUACACCCAGAGUCAGUCUUGACUGCAUUUUUUUGUGAUAAACUUUUUAAUUUAACUGAGAAAAGGAGAAAGGUACAAGUCAGUGUUACAGCAAUAAAUAAUAAGAUAUAUAUUCAAAUACACCCAUACCUAUAAAUGUAUAUACAUACAUAAAGAAUAAAAAAUAAAUAAAAUGAUAAAUGUAUAGAAAUCAGUAAAAUAAUGAUAAAAACAAAUAUACAAUAGGUUAAACAGUAACACUUAGACCACUUAGUGUUACCACUUAGAACGGUAACACUUAAACGGUAACACUUAGACCAUUUAUAAAUGGUCUAUUUACCAUUUAUAAAUGGUAAGCAGAUAGUUUAUUAAUGUUUAAUCAUCAUUUAUAAAUAGCAUAUAGACCAUUAAUAAAUUGUAAAUUUUACCAUUUUAAAAACCUAACCUUGACCCUAACUUUACAACAACCAUCUAAGUAAUGUUUAUAGAUUGUUUAAAAAACAAAUAUUAACCAUUUACAAAAUGCUACUGACACACAUUUAAUCUAGAUGUUUUAGAACUGAUAUUUAAACCCUUUAUAAACCUUUAAAAAAAUAGUCCAUUAAUAAUUAAUGAAAACUAUUAAUCAUAAUUUCAUUGCUUGUUAAUGGUAACAAUAAACUAUUAACUUACAUUAAUAAACCAUCUAUUUGCCAUUUUUAAAUUAUGGUGAUUGCAAAGUAUUAGCGGUUGAACAAUAAUUACAUGCUUAAAAUGCUUAAAAUGCAUUACAGAAACCUAACAGCAAAGACUAAGUAAGAACAAACAUCAGCAAACAGUCAAUUCAUGUAACUACUAAAACUGUAGUUUGGAAGUUGCUGAAAUAAAACCUGGAAUGCAGAAAAAUGACGCAAAGCUUAUUCUACCAAAAAGGUAUGUGGAGAUGAAAACCUUCAUGUAACACAAUGCUUUCCAGUGGUGUACUCAAGGAGGGGCAAGGGGCAGCAAAUAUAUGUUUUACCUUGGCAGCUUCAUAAAUAUGGUGAGCUGCAAGAGUCCACGAGACUCUAUUACCGUGUCCAAAGAAACCCCACUCCGUAAUUAUGGAAGACUGCCUGUAGGAGCUCAAUGUUCCCACUCUCAGGAAUUUAUCCACUUUGACUUUUCCUCAUCAGUGACUUAAAUCUUGCAUUUUGAUUCUGCUCCAUAAUUAAAAAGCAGUUCCUUGCAUGUCAGGUAACAUCAUAUCAACCUUACCCCUCUUGCAGUGACAGCAACAGGAGCUCAAUCCCACCCAGGGGAGGAAAAGGUCCACCAAGACGACAUUACCAACAAUGACAUCAUUAAAGAGCAACCCCACCCUAACCAGGUUCCCAGUGUGACAUCUAAUCCCCAUCCCACCUACACCUGGAGAAAGAGCAGGCAUUCAGAGUGCAGCACGACGUGUGGUGUUGGUGAGGAGACACAUUUGGGUUUUGGGAAGGUGUAACUGCACAUGAGUGUUAUUUUUCCUAACAAGAAAGAUUUGGGUUUCUUUCAGCAAUAACAGUACGCUUGUGUUACACCUUUCACAAAAAGGCCCAAUCAUGUUGACAGUAUAAAGACUUGAGGUUAUAAAAACAUGCAAAUUUAAUGUUAUGUGAUCUGCAUUGAUGUACACAGACGCAACUAAAAGCCCUGACUGUUAAAACCAGCUGAUGUCAACCUAAAGGGCUGCGAUUAGUUACUAAAUUUAUCAGAUUUGAAGAUAUCAGAAGUUUGAUAUUUGUCAAAAUAACAACUUCAUGUGUGUGUGUGUGAUGUUUUCACAGGCAAACAAACCUGUUAGCUUAGUUGUCUUUGUAUUCUGUUGUGUUUAUGUGUGUUUUGUUAGGCAGGCGUCAGGUACUGUGGGAGUGCGUUGAGAAAGACUCUCAGGUGACCGUACCUGCUGACCUCUGUGCCACUACCCUCCAACCUACACACCAGGACGAGGAAUGCAACAUGCAGCCAUGCCCUGCAUAGUGAGUGGACCACUCACACCUCUGAUGCCACAUACUGCACAGACCCAGAGCAGACAUACUGCAUGAGACACAAAUACAUGCACAUUAGUUCCACACAGCGCUGUGAUUCUCAGGGUGAAACCUUCAUCUCUCACACACAUUUCAGCCAUGAGUCAGUCAGAGUCAACCACACUGAGUUAAUUUGUUGUGGUUUUGGUUUCAAUGACUUGUGGGAAAUACUAUGAGAUACUACUGCAGCCAAAAUGUGGCAUGGUGUCUGUGCAGGAAGGGUAUGUUUGGUUUUGGAUCCUUUAAAGACAUUUUGCUCAGAUUCAGUGAUCCUUGACAGCUGUCAGUCUGAAAUAUAUCUUUCUAUUGGAAGAGCAGCAGCAGGGUAGUAUAAUAUUGAAAUUUCUGUAAUAACUGAACAGAGGGAAAAGUUUAUGCCAAACAAAUUGUCUUUCUCUGCAAGUGUCUUUAAUAUCUGUUGGGAGUCACUGAGUGACUGUGGUGUAGUGGUAGAGUCUGUGUUCUCUCAGUUGGAGGUUUAAUGGUGAAAAUUAGAGCAAGACACUGAAUCCUAAAUUACACCUGGUGACGUGGUCAGAGGUUAGUUGUGACAUGUAGAGUACCUGCUGUGUAUUUCCUGUCUGACUGUAUCUCCUCCAUCUGUGAUUGGCUGACAGCUGGGACAUUGGGGAGUGGUCAGACUGCAGCAGGAAGUGCGGACCCGGCACCCAGCAGCGCCAGGUCAUUUGCCGCCAGGUCACUCACGUUCACGCCAAUAGGACAGAGACCUCGGUUACCGUGGCACCAAAGCUUUGUGGACUGACUGAUAUGCCGGUGACCAGGUCUACAUGUCAGCUGAAGAUCUGUAGCCAGUGGCAGAUCCUGUCUGAGUGGAGCCCAGUGAGAAAAACAACCACACACACACACACACACACACACACACACACACACACACACACACAGAGACACACACACACACAGAGACACACACCUCAGUAUUACUGACACAUCACUCUGAAUGUAAACCACCUUAAAAAUAAAUUUCAUGUGUGUUACAGUGGGGCGGGUUGUCAGUAGAUACUCAAUUACAAAAAAAAGACAAAUCUAUACUAGAACUGACUUUGUGCACCUUUUCCUUUUUACUACACGAGUUUGAUCACAUUCAUUUGACGACUGGUUAUGAAUGUUGUUGUUUUAUAUCUUCCUGUUUCCCUCCACCAAGUGUUCGGUACCAUGUGGCGUGGGCCAACGCAGCAGGGAGGUUGUGUGUAUGAGCAACCAGGGGGAUGUGGAGGAUGAUGAGGAGUGUAACAUGAACUUAAAGCCAGACAAUCUGCAGAACUGUGACAUGGGGGCCUGUGCACGCAGCUGGUUCACCUCCCUCUGGAGCCAACAGGUGAUAUAAAAACUAAGUGUGUGUGUGUGUGUGUGUGUGUGUGUGAGGAGAAUGGGACACAGUGAAGGAGACAAAAUGAAUCCAUGCUUCAAGUCAUAACGAAAGACUGCUGAAGAGUUUAUGUGUGUGAUGUUCCCUAGUGCUCAGCAGGCUGUGGUCAAGGCAAUCGAACCCGGGAAAUAGUGUGCCUAAUGGAUCAUGUAACAGACCUCCCAUUGGGCAGCUGCGAAGGGGAACGCCCACCAGAAGUGACAUCAUGUGAUUCAGGCCCCUGUAAGGACCGCCAUGAGUGGUACACAGGUCCCUGGGGUCAGGUAAUCCACAUUCAUAGAUACGUAAUGGGAAAUACUGACCAUUUGAAGAUUGAGCUUACCAGUGUGUGUGUGUGUGUGUGUGUGUGUUUGUGAAGUGCUCUGCAGAGUGCGGUAACGGUACACAGACCCGGAGUGUGGCUUGUAUAUUGAACAGUAACGGUGUGAUGGAAGUUUUGGAUCAUGUAAAAUGUUCCAGCCUCCCUCAGCCAAUCACAGCUCAGCCCUGCAGACUGAAACCAUGUGGCGUCCAGUGGUACGUCACAGAUUGGAGUGCAGUAAGUGUCUUUAAGUCUGCCCCCCUACAAAGCUAAAACCCAUGUGUGGUAAUUUUAUUUUCUGGUAUUUUUGUCUGAUUCUGAUACAAUACUAAUAUAAAUACACUGGAAUUUUGAUCUAUUUUCUAUAUUUGAAAUUUGAAUAUUUAAACAUGAAAAUGAAUUUUUUUGGGAUUUCAAAAUCAGUGUUCAACAAAACACAAUCUAACUGAGGUCUCAGAUUUUAUUCUUGAAUAGAUAAUUAUAUGACAAGAGUGUGGAUUUGCCCUUUUAUCACUAUGACAUCAUGUUCACCUGCAAGAAGGAUACUUUAAAAACAAAAGAAGGAAUUAUGUUUCAUCCUAAGAGGAAAGUAGUUCGAAGAUAUCAAAAAUGUCCAGCUGUGAUCAGAGUUAACCAGGAUAUCAGUUUUUGGAGGGACAAAUCUACUGUUGAAAUUUUUUUCAUCUUUAAAUGCUUUGAACCCCAGAAACUCUAUUCAUCUCAGCUGUUUUGGUGCAAUUGACAAACAAUUCAAAGUUGGAUUUUACACAUUUUAUGUACAAAUUUAAAGGCCAAAACCAGUGAGCUGAAGAUCUUAGAGGACAGUCAUGUGUCAAUUUCAUGCCGUAAGUUAUUAUGAGUAAACAAUGCUCACAUCGGUCAUACUAUCACCUCCCAUACACUUUUUGGUUAACUAUCUCUGCCUUUGCUCUGUCUUCCACUUCAGUGUUCUCGCUCUUGCGAUGGAGGAUAUCGUGUGCGUGAGGUGCGUUGUCUUACCGACAAUGUGGUUCCAAGUAACCAGUGUGUCCCCAGUCUGACUCCAGAGAGCCGAGAAGAGUGCAACAAGCAACCUUGUGCAGCUGAGCUCAGUAAGACUAUUAUGUAGAGUUAUUACAGGUCACCAUCUAAAAACCUCUGAAUUAGCGUAAUAAGCACAGUGGCAAUAAAAAUCUCAGAUCAACAUGAACUAUUUUGUAGCCCAAACUGUGAUUUUUUCCUGAUCUGAAUCAAAUUGUUCUCCAUUUCUGUCCCUUUUCUUUCUACACAGAUCCUUCCUGCAGUGACCAGUAUCAUAACUGUGUGGUAGUGGUCCAAGCCCGACUCUGCGUUUACCCUUACUACAGAAAUGUCUGCUGUGCCUCCUGCUCCCGCGCCCAGAAAUCAUACCCAAAAUCAUUUCAAAAGAACUAUAUACACAGGUGA